AUGACAUCAUACUCAGAAAUAAUAUUUUCUGGAGUAUCUGCCAAAGUGAAUAAGCCAAAGGACAGCGGCAAUCAGGAAGUAUGGCCUGUCUACCUGACACUUGGAAACAUCUCCAAAGAGAUCCGGUGUGCUGGGCAGGAUGGAGUUGAUAUGACUUGCCCUGAUCAACAAGUCAGGCGGAUGCACCCCAUAGUAGCUGCAUAUAUUGCUGACUUUCCAGAGCAGUGUCUGGUAGCAUGCUGCAUGGAGAAUUGGUGUCCGAAAUGCACUGUUGGACGUGACCACCGUGGAGAUAUGAGACCAUCUGCAUCCCGCAAACGAGAUUCGAUGGUCAAAAACUUGUGGCUGCACUCUUGGGGUGAGCUGAGUGGGGAAAUAUUUGAGAGUGAGCUAGGUCUACAAGCAAUACACGCACCUUUCUGGGCCACUCUCCUGCACAAUGACAUAUUUCAAUGUAUGACUCCCGACAUCCUACACCAGUUGCACAAGGGUGUCUUCAAAGAUCACAUCGUUAGUUGGUGCAUGGACAUCAUUGGAAAGGACGCACUCGAUGCAUGGUUCAAGGAACUGCAACAUGUAUUCCUUGGUGUGAUUGCUGGAGGAGUUGAGAAUAGGGUGAUUGCUGCGGUGCACGCUGUGUUGGACUUUGUUUACUAUGCCCAGUUCCAGUCACACACAGAGAAGACGCUGAGCCACAUGCAAGCCGCACUCACCUCAUUCUAUGCCAACAAGGACAUGUUCAUCGAGCUUGGAGUGCGGGAACACUUUAACAUCCCGAAGAUUCAUUCAAUGAUUCACUACGCCGAGUCUAUUCAUUUGUUUGGGAGUGCAGAUGGAUUCAAUACUAAGCUUCCAGAGCAACUUCACAUUGAUUUUGCCAAACGAGCUUACUGUGCAACUAUCAGCAACUUGGACUCUGACUCUCCUAGUGACCCUGGCACCCCAGAGCUGUUUAAUGUCAUGCCUCGUCAGAUACACCGCUUCACCAUGCUGAUGGCCACACGUGGCUACUAUCUCCCAAAAACUUGCCAUUUUCCCAAUACGCCAAUUCAACGCUUGAUUGACCACCAUGGUGCCUCACUAUUUAUCCCUGCUCUCAAAUCGUUUAUCCGUGAGCACGCCCCAACCAUCCAAUCACAUGGAAAUCUAAAUCUGCAAGAAUGCAUUGAUGUCUACAAAUAUAUAAUGGUCCUCUUACCAGCUCGCCCCCAUGUCAGCAACUCCAAAUGUUUUUUCAAGGUCUGUGCAUCACCAGUGGUCGCAUCCAAAGACCCAAGGAAGCCGCUGGUACCAGCAAGAUUUGACACUGCGCUGUUCAUCGAAGAAAGAGCUUUAUACAAUGGCAAGGGGAUAUCAGGGCUUCGUGUUGGAGAGAUCAAGGCCAUAUUUACCCUUCCUUCAUGUUUUGGUACAUUCCCGCACCCCCUCCUUUAUAUUCAUUGGUUUCGGCCGCUACAGACUUUCGAUAACGAUUUAUGA